GCCUUCAAGAGUAGAAGCUGAUUGGAUUCAAAUUAGCAACAACUCGACCAUUAAAGUCUCCAGCAGUGAAUCCAGUGAUCAAGCUUAUAGAUUGCCAGCAAAAGUGAUGAAUACUGCUGCCAAAACACAGAACGCGAGCAUUCCCUUAAAAAUUUACCACAACGUGACCGGCCUGCAGCCAGGUUCCCUUUCUAAAUAUUAUUGUUACUUUCACUUUGCUGAGGUUGAGAAACUUGAACCUGACCAGCAGAGGGAAUUGACAAUUUCUUUGAAUGGUAAGCGCUCUCUGGCAGAAACUGUUAAACUUGAUUAUCUAAAUUCACAUACCAUGGUCCAAGAUAAUCUAGCAAUUAGCGGCGAAGCGUGGUUAAACUUCUCAAUAAAGGCAGCUCCGGGAACUCAGCUUCCUCCAAUCCUCAACGCCUAUGAGUUUUUCGAGUUGAAAGAGCUACCAAUAGAACCAACUGACACAGACGACCUUGAAGCUAUCAUGGACAUCAAGAAAUGGUACAAGGUGAGAAGAAACUGGCGAGGCGAUCCAUGUGUCCCAAGUAAUUACUCAUGGCGUGGUUUAAACUGCAAUAACGACAAUCCUCCAAGGAUCAUCUCAUUGAACUUGAGCUCAAGCAAUCUGAUAGGGGAUAUCGCUACUUCAUUCUCCAAGCUCGAACUACUGCAGUCCUUGGAUUUGUCAUUUAACAACUUAACAGGGCCACUGCCACAAGUUUUGGAACAGCUACCUAAUUUAAACACUCUGGAUUUACGAGGGAACAAGUUCACAGGUUCAAUUCCUGAGGCUCUUCUGGAACAGUUUAGGAAUGGAAAAUUAGACCUAAGGGUUGAUGCACAUCCAGAUCUUUGUCUGUACACUCCAUGCAAGGGAAAGAAGAAAAAUGAGUUUUUCAUUCCAGUUCUUGCAUCGUCUAUAACAGCAGUCUUAAUCCUUCUCUUCAUCGUUAGUGCUCUUGCUAUAUAUAGAAGGAAAAGAGGAUCAGACAUGGUUACCAAAUCUAGCAUCAAAUCAAAGAAUCGACAGUAUAGCUAUUCUGAGGUUGUCAAGAUAACCAAUAACUUCAAAAACAUAAUUGGCAAAGGGGGAUUUGGAAACGUGUACCUCGGCAAAUUAAAAGAUGAAAUUCAAGUUGCUAUUAAGCUUCUCUCUUCUUCAUCAAACCAAGGGUACAAGGAAUUUAGAGCAGAGGCACAGCUGUUAAUGGUAGUUCAUCAUAGAAACUUGGUUACUCUUGUUGGAUACUGUGAUGACGGUGAAAACAAGGCCCUCAUAUACGAGUACAUGGCUAACGGAAAUCUGCAGCAGCAUUUGUCAGUGACAAACCCAAAUGUCUUAACAUGGAAUGAGCGACUUUGUAUUGCAGUGGACGCAGCACACGGGUUGGAGUAUCUACAUAAUGGUUGCAAGCCACCUAUCAUCCACAGAGAUUUAAAACCACCCAACAUCCUACUAAACGAACAAAUGCAAGCCAUGAUAGCUGAUUUUGGGCUUUCUAGAGCCUUUGCCAGAGAAAAUGAUACCCACGUGUCAACUUGCCCAGCUGGCACAUUUGGAUACGUCGAUCCGGAAUUUGCAACAUCUGGGAACUUCAAAAGGGAAAGUGACGUCUAUAGCUUUGGGAUUGUUUUGUUUGAGCUUAUAACUGGUCGCCCUGCAAUAAUAAGAGGUCCUAUGCAAAACAAUCACAUACUUGACUGGGUUUAUCCUUUGAUUGAAAGGGCAGAUAUUCAAAAUAUUGUUGAUCCAAGACUAGAAGGAGAGUUCAACACCACUUCUGCCUGGAAAGUUGUUGAAAUAGCCAUGUCGUGCGCACUACCGGUUGCAAUCCAAAGGCCAGGCAUGAGUCAGGUAUUGGCAGAACUAAAGGAAUGCUUGGCUCUGGUAUUGACUCGUGGAAGAAAUCAAAGGAUGACAACUGAGUGCAGAACUUCAAGCAUGCAAGACAACACGUUCCAUUUGGAGCUAGAAUCAGGAUUAAUUGCUCCCAUCGCUAGAUAGUUUCUGAAGAAAACUAUGCUCAAAAGUUCAUUCAAUACAAUAUUUCAAGUGAUCUGUUUGAAGACCUUAUUAUAUACUUGUUUCAUGUGUGUAUCUUUUCUCAAUCGGGUUUGAGACCGAAUACUAUUAUGCAUUUCAACAGUUUUCUAGGUUCUAUAGGACAUAUAAAGUACAAUGAUUACUAGUUUGUAUUCUGGAUGUGUCUGAAACACUGUUUGAAAAUCCAUAUAUGCUAAUCUGCAUGAUGCAGAGGAAGCUGAAUAGAUUUUAUGCAACAAUAUUA